UUCAAAAACUAAUAUCAACUAACAACCCUCUGAAUCCUGCCACUCCAACCCAAGAACCAACCACCACAAUUUGGUCUGGAUGAUGCAUUCAGUUUAACUGUAGAUACCUUUGAGCUGUGCAUCAUUGGCACUGGGGUGUACUUGUGACAUGAGACCAGAGGCCAACAGGGCACGCAAGGUGGUAUAAAAGGAGAUGACAAUCUCUUCCCUGACACUUUUUCCUUACUCUUAUACUUGGCAAUGAGACAACCAAAAAGGAAUUUUGAAUGUGAAUCUCAAAUAUGUUAGUAAGAGAAGCACUGUGUGUUUGCUUAUUCCAUGUUGUAUUACCAUUAAUUCUCUUAGUAGCUGGAAUAUUGCGAUACAAUGCAUUCUCAAUUAUCUACAUAAUUUUAUUAUUGUUGGCACCUUUAAUACCUAGUUCAUUGGCUUUUACUAAAGGUUAUACUGGAUGUUAUCUAAAAUGUGUUAUAGGAAUAAGUGCUUUGUUUUGCAUUUUCCAAGUUAUUUUUCAAGUUGUUUUAAUCAGCUUAGGAUCUUAUGGAUCAUUUAUCAAUUAUUGUAAAUGGGAUGGCUAUUUAUUUGGAUUAAUAGGAUUAAAUAGACUUGAUCAGCUUGACUUGUUACAUGCCAUUCGUUUGAUUGGACUAGAUCUUUUAGUACUUUUACUCUCAAUUUUCAUCUUAAUAAUUUGUAAAUGUCUUGAAAGAGGUAAAUACCAAAACACCUUAAAAAUCAGACAAACUUCAGGAUUAUCUUUUAUUUUAAAUGAAAUAUUAACUCUUGUAUUUAUGAUAACUACUGCAAGUUUACAACCAUCUGUUAUUUCUUUUGUAUAUUUUUUAUCAUUCUUUGCAAUAUGUACUUUGUUAGCUUGGAAUUUAAAUCUAUUAUUUCAGUAUAAAUAUACUAUAUUUAAAGUCCCAUUAUUUAUAUAUUGUGGCAUUCAUUUCAUCAUUUUAUAUAUAUAUCAAUUCAAUAUACUACAACAAUUCAUUCACCAUCAAAGUUUUUAUGCAAGAUUAUUUGGCCUUAUUAGGUACAUUGAUUUAAAUUGUAAUAAUGUUCGAAUUUUACAAUAUUUAAAUCUAAAUUGGAGUACUCUUAUACAUCCUUUGGCACUAAUAUGUUUAUAUUUUACACUUGUAACAACGUUUCGCAUAAGGAUACUUAAUCCAAUGUUUUUAAGAAAUGAAUGCAUUGAAAAUUCACGUAAUUCAAAACAAGUAUCAGAUCAGCAUAAGUCAUUUGAUAAUACGAGAGAGGACAUUUCUAUAGUAAACCUUGAAGUGCAUAGUAAUAAUGAAACUAAUGAAAAUACUCAAACUAUAAAAACUGAAAAACGAGUACAUGAAAAAACAGUUUUGUUUGCUAACUUUUUUUGUAAAUUUAUAUUUAAAAGAAGUUAUGUGGCAACUAUAAUUAUUAUGAUG